CUGGAACAAUUGAUCCAGAUAACUCGGAAGAUUUGAAGUUUCUUUGGGGAGUCUGGUAUGAUGUCUUGUUGUCACAGGAACACCUACAGAGGCUGAAGCAAGUGAUGAUGGAAGUGUCGUUAGUCCAGUCAGGCAAUAAUGGGGUGUAUUUUGGAAAUAUGAAAAGUGAAGACUCCAUCAAAAGGGCUCUUCGUGGUAUGGAGAAAGCUGAAAUGAAUGGUAAACAAAUGACAGAUACAAGAUUGGAAUUCCUAAAUCGGCUGUACAGAUCAGACAUGCCAAAGUUAAUCAUGGACUGGACAACAGGAGAACUGGUCCGUCCUAAAGUUGACCUACCCCAGACAGCAGUAGACUGGGUUUCAAAGAAUGUGAGUGCCCAGUGUGGUCGCCUUGACCAAGUACAGCGACUCAAGGACAGAUACCAUCAGGAGAUCCGCGACUAUAUCACAACUGGAGUUACGAGGGUCAAUUUACAAUCGCUCUCGUCUAAACGGGUGGUGGAUAGCUUCAGUGGCAACAUGACCCUGUUGAGACCUGGAUGUAAUACAUGGGCUGUCCCUGACGAAUGCUGUCCAUACUUUUCUCACGACAUCGACCUGGAACUCCACAGGUACGAUGGGUAUACGGUGACUCUCGCCUCCCUCUGUAUGGAGAUGCUAAAGAAGUGGGUGGAAAGUUUCCAGGCAGCAAUGGAAGAUGACUGUGUUCUCAAGAUCUACAUGUGGCUGGGAGAGGCAACCGAAGUGUGCAAGAAGGACCUGCCAGAAAGUCUCCGGUUUGACUUCAUCGACACAUCCAAUUUGGCAGAUAGAAUUGGUCUGGUCUCUGUGCUGAGUUGUUCACGCGACAGACUGAAACAGCCUAACGGAGUGCUGAGGACAGAGAGUUUUGACUUCACAAGAUUAGAAGGCGUCGUUUCAGUGGAAAGGUAUCUCUCUGGCUGCAUUGAUGUGCCACUGUUGAUGUAUCCGACAGUGUUUGGUUUUCAUCUAGCUGAAGAACUCUCUCUUGGACAUGAGAGUCUCCCGCCAUCUCAGUCUACCCACGUACCUACAAAGUUGACAUUGAAAUGGAAAACAGCUCGGGAACAGAAACAAUUAACAGCUAUUACUCUUGAUGAAAAAGUAUCAGACGCAGUAUCUGCAGCACUUGAAAAGGUGAAAACAUGUCCUGGUUUAGACGGUCGAGAUCCCUUAGGACAUGUCACAAAGGCGUGUGUCAAAAGUGCAACUGAAAAUAUUCUGCAAAGGGUUCAGAAUAUUGCUAAAGCCACGACGAAAAGCAAUACCCUGGUUGAGUACACAGAUCAUUAUCUUGUGACCAUCCAAACCGACCCAGAAUGUCUGAAGAAGGGGAGAUUCAGCAUGGAUUGUGUAGAUGGAGAUCCAUAUGUUAUAGUUCUACAGAACAGCCACAAUGGGAAAUCAAGCUUUAGAGAAACGCUCAGUCUUUCAUGUGGAAUCGCUUUGAACACGAGCAGAUUUGAAGUGUCAAGGAAGAGGGGGAGAAUUGAAGCUCGUCUUGUCAAGGAUGCUGACGUGACUCUCGGUGAACGAGUUUUGCCCUGGAACAAGCUCAACACAAGCUCUGUUGCUGAUCUCCCGAACUUUCCUCUCUCGGAAAGCGGUAAAGAAACAAUAGAGAUGUACGUUGGAAACAUGUGCUUAUUGUGUCCAGUGAGUCGGUCACAACGCAUGUCGCCCAUACAACAGCUUAGAUCACUUGUGGUGUUCAUCUUGAUAACGGUCCCGUUUUCAUUUGGGCUGCCAACACUCAUCACGAUUAGAGGUCAAGGUCUCACAAAUACUGGCAAGGGAGCAAACAACAUGCUACGUGUGGAAGAUCUAAAGAUCCACGAGAAGAGACCUACCCUAUUUUUGACUUUUCUAGAUUUUGACAAAGCUGAUAAUCUGGUUAGCCAAAAGAAAAUCACGGAUGAAGAAAUCUUACCAUGGAAACAAACGAAGAAGACUUGUGUGGAGCUGGACCCAUCAUCAUCUUCAAAUCUUAGCAAGGGAUAUGCUUUGUUGGUGAAGCUUCUAGAAGUCAACUCCAUCCGAAUGAUUCAAGAUCAGCCCGAGGACAGAAGAUGGAUGACAAGAACCAUCCUGAGAGCGAGAUAUCCUUACAAGGAACUAUAUGAUUUGAAGUACCAGGAAGACCUGGCUGAAAUGUUUAGUUCUCUUUGUGGUCCGGAGAAAGGGACAUGAGGACAUUGGCGCGGAAUCUGGUUUUUCACCCGUCAAGCCCUGGUGCAGUUUGUGACAGUUUUGGUAGAUCUCAGAAGACAGUAAGGUGUUCGGGGUGCAGCCGGGUGUUCUACUGAGGCAGAAAAUAAAACAGGGAAGCCUGGACAGUCCACGGGAACGUCUGUGAAUCUGCCUCUGUUACUAUUUACCUGAAAGAAAUAUGAAAUACACAAUGCCCUUUUAGAAAGUG